AUUUGUUUCAUUCCCAAGAACUUCCAAAGCAGUCCUUUUGAAACAAGCACUUUUUGGGCUGCUUUUCACUCAUUUUCCACCCCGCGUCUCGUUCCAACCCGUGAAUCCCAUUCUGUCGCCUUCAUUACCGUUAUCGAGCAAUGCACGUCUUGUCAGAGGUUGGCGAGUGCAAGGUGACCCUGCAGAUUUUCCUGCCGUCAACGGCCAACAGCUCGUGCAUCACCACCACUUCCUCUGCCUCCACUCCCGCCGGCGGUCGCGUGUCUGUCUGUCUGGACUACAAGAACAGGGCCGUGUUGUCCGUAACGGCAGGAGGUGGUCGAUCCCAGCAGGUAGAGCUGCCUUGGCCAAAUGUGUUUCUGUAUGACCGAUUCCUCCAUGAGGGCAAAGCCUCCAUCAAAACGCCUCGCGCACUCGUCCUCGUGCAGAUCAACACAAAAUUACCAGAUCUGAUUGACGAUUUGCAAGACCUGCUUCAGGAAUUGCGUCGGCGAGGCGCCAAGUGCGAAUCACCCGUUCCAACCAUCGCUCCAGUUCUCCCGCGAGAUCCGUCUUCAAUUUCCGUCAUUGGGCUCAGCAAGCAUCGAACAAGCUCGUGUCUUGAUUCAGACCGAACACUACUCGAGAUUAAGCGACAGCGCGAAGCUGCCGCCGAAGGGUCCUUUGCCAAAUCGCACGCCGUGGCGGUUUCAUCCCAAACGAGCGUAUUCUCACAAGCCCGGGCAAGACAGCAGCUAAAAUCGACACCAAGAGGGCGCAUUCCAGCCGGCAUCUUCAUGGUCAGCACCUCCCACGUUGGAGCCAACCAUUUCGCCAAGCCGCCAUCAUCACCAGUUGCAGUUGCAAAUCUCACCACGGCCCCAGCACUUCGCGCAUCUCGCUAUUCCAGCUACGCAGACCUUUCACCUGAACAGCAAAAAGUCGUUGAUGUGGCGCUCUCUGGGCAGAGCCUGUUCUUCACGGGCGGCGCAGGCAGUGGCAAGACGCGUGUUCUCAACCACAUUGUUCAGCGCCUGGUUGAUCGCUACGGCAGCAACGAUUGCGUUCUUGUCGCGGCUCCCACGGGCAUGGCUGCGAGUUUGAUUGGCGGUGUCACCAUUCACUCGCUCAUCGGGUUGUCCGCAGCGAGCAAUCCGACGACGGCGAACUCGCAAUCCUCCAUCGAUCGUCCCGCCCUCCAACCUCUUCAACAACAGUCUAGCAACCUUCCUGCAGGUGGAGCAGUACGCACUCCAGCAACCACCAAGGCAGCUCUCCAACCCAUCGACCCCAUCUUUCACCAGCAGCUCACCUCGUGCGUCGCGGCCACAGCCAACUCAUUCCGCCGCGAGCGCUGGCGACACUGCAUCACCCUUGUCAUUGACGAAAUCUCCAUGGUGAGCGCCUACUUGUUUGAUUUGCUCAAUCAAGUCAUCCAGCAAGUGCUGGGGUCGAACAAGCCCUUUGGCGGAAUUCAGCUGAUUCUUUGCGGGGACUUUCUCCAGCUCCCGCCCGUCAUUCAGCGCAACGACCCUGCAGCGCAGUAUCUCAACCACGUCACAAGCCAGCGUCGCAAGUUUGCCUUCGAGGCAGCCUGUUGGCAAAAGGCCGUCCCAGUCACGCUCGAGUUACGCCAGAUUCAUCGCCAAAACGACCUCGGGUUUAUUGAGCUUUUGCGCAAGCUACGCCGCGGUGACUGCAGCCAGGAGGUUGCGGACACCCUUUUGGCCACUGGCGCCCAGCAAAUCGAGCAGCACGGUGUCCUCGCGACACGGCUAUGCACGCACACUGACAUGGUUGUCUCGAUCAAUCAACAGCGUUUGGCGCAGCUUUCGGGAGAGCGCAUGACCUUUUACGCGCGCGAUACGCCGGACGGCGACUCGCGCGUCCCAUCGAUGCUCGACCUGAGCGUGCAGGCUCCGCGGACGCUCGAGCUGUGCGUUGGGGCGCAAGUCAUCCUGCUACGGAACCUGGACGUGGCUCAAGGACUCGUUAACGGUGCGCGUGGCGUGGUCGUGGGCUUUGCCCGGCCAGCGCCAAAUGGAGGCAUGGCGGCCGCGAAUGGCCGGCCCCAAGCUGCCAAUGCCCCAGCGUACAUGGAGCUUCGACAGCAGGAGCUGACCCACGAGCGCUAUCCCCUGGUUCGCUUUGUUCGCACUGGCACGGAACGCGUCGUUUCGCCAGCGGCAUUUGCGCUGCCCAGCGAUGCUACUGGAGCUAGUCAACGCCUGCAGGCGUAUGUCGCUCUCUCGCGUGUCUCCGCCCUGACCUCGUUGCGCGUUCUCGAUUUCCAGACCGAGUCGAUUCGCGCUGCCCCAGAGGCCAUCGCCUUCCACGACAGUGUUUCCAUCGUGUGUCUGGUGAAGUGA